AUGCCCCCAAAAAAGGCCGUCGAGGAGAAGAAGGCCCUCUUGGGCCGUCCUGGUAACAACCUGAAGAGUGGUAUUGUCGGGUUGGCGAACGUCGGCAAGUCCACGCUCUUCCAGGCCAUCACCAAGUGCAACCUGGGUAACCCUGCAAACUUCCCCUAUGCUACCAUUGACCCAGAGGAGGCCCGCGUCAUCGUCCCUGAUGAGCGCUAUGACUGGCUUUGCGAGAAGUACAAGCCCAAGUCGCGCGUCCCUGCCAACCUCACAGUCUACGACAUCGCUGGUUUGACCCGUGGUGCCUCAACAGGAGCCGGUCUCGGCAACGCCUUCUUGUCGCACAUUCGCGCCGUCGAUGCCAUCUUCCAGGUCGUUCGUUGCUUCGAUGAUGCCGAGAUUAUCCACGUCGAGGGUGAUGUCAACCCAACACGUGAUCUCGAUAUCAUCAGCGAGGAGCUGAGACUCAAGGACAUUGAGUUCGUUGAGAAGGCCCUCGAGAACCAGAAGAAAAAGACCCGCCAGGGUGGUCAGAGUCUUCAGAUGAAGCAGUGGAAGGAGGAGGAGGCCACGAUCGAGAAGAUCUUGGCCCACCUCAGGGACGGCAAGGAGGUCCGCAAGGGCACCUGGGGUCCCAAGGAGAUCGAGGUCAUCAAUCCUCUGUUCCUCCUGACGGCCAAGCCUGUCGUGUACCUUGUCAACCUUUCCGAGAAGGACUACAUCCGCAAGAAGAACAAGUAUCUUCCCGGUGUUGCCAAGUGGAUCCAGGACAACGCUCCUGGUGAUCCCAUCAUCCCCAUCUCCGUCGCUUUCGAGGAGCGCCUGACCCGCUUCGAGACUGACGAGGAGGUUGCUGAGGAGGAGAAGAAGGUCGGCGCCCAGUCGGCUCUUCCCAAGCUCAUUGUCACCAUGCGCAAGGCCCUCGAUCUCGGCAGCUUCUUCACUGUCGGCCCCGAUGAGGUUCGCCAGUGGACUCUCCGCAACGGCACCAAGGCGCCCCAGGCGGCUGGUGUUAUCCACACUGACUUUGAGAAGACCUUCAUCCAGGCCAUCGUCUUCAAGUACGCCGACCUCAAGGAGCUCGGUGACGAAGCCGAGGUCAGAUCCAAGGGGAAGAUCAUGACCAAGGGCAAGGACUACAUCGUCGAGGACGGUGAUAUCCUGCACUUCAAGGCCGGUGCCGCCAAGAGCUAA